AUGCCUUCGGCACAGGGCCAGAACUGGGAGAAGUACCAGAAGACCUUCGCCGACGACGAGCAGGAAGAGAAGAAGAUCACACCUCUAUCAGACGAGGACAUCCAAGUCCUCAAGACCUACAACUCCGCCCCAUAUGCAUCAGCGCUUAAACAGCUCGAGAAGUCCAUCAAGGACAAACAGACUUCAGUCAACGAAAAGAUCGGCGUAAAAGAAUCAGAUACUGGACUUGCGCCGCCUCAUCUCUGGGACAUUGCAGCAGACAAGCAACGCAUGCAGGAAGAGCAGCCUCUACAAGUCGCGCGAUGCACCAAAAUCAUCCCCGAUGAGAGGGACACCGAGAAGAGCAAGUAUGUCAUCAACGUCAAGCAGAUCGCCAAGUUUGUGGUCAACUUGGGCGAGCGCGUCAGCCCUACGGACAUCGAAGAGGGCAUGCGAGUGGGAGUGGACCGAAACAAAUACCAGAUCAUGCUGCCUCUUCCACCCAAGAUCGACCCCAGUGUCACAAUGAUGACAGUUGAAGAUAAGCCGGACGUCACAUACGGAGAUGUCGGAGGUUGCAAAGAGCAGAUUGAGAAGCUGCGAGAGGUUGUCGAGAUGCCUUUACUUUCACCAGAGCGAUUCGUCAACCUCGGUAUCGACCCGCCCAAGGGAGCACUACUCUAUGGCCCUCCUGGUACAGGAAAGACGCUGUGCGCGAGAGCAGUUGCAAACAGGACAGACGCUACCUUCAUUAGAGUCAUCGGUUCUGAGCUGGUGCAGAAGUAUGUCGGUGAGGGUGCUCGUAUGGUUCGCGAGCUCUUCGAGAUGGCACGGACAAAGAAGGCUUGUAUCAUCUUCUUCGACGAGAUUGAUGCAGUGGGAGGUGCCCGGUUCGACGAUGGCGCAGGUGGUGACAACGAAGUCCAGCGGACUAUGCUGGAACUCAUCACACAGCUUGACGGUUUCGACAGCAGAGGCAACAUCAAGGUCAUGUUCGCCACAAACAGACCAAGCACUCUGGAUCCAGCUCUGAUGCGACCCGGACGUAUUGACAGGAAGAUUGAAUUCGCUCUGCCUGACAUGGAGGGUCGCGCCAACAUCCUCAGAAUUCACGCCAAGUCCAUGUCAGUUGAGCGCGACAUUCGAUGGGAGCUGAUCUCGCGUCUCUGCCCCAACUCUACAGGUGCUGAAUUGCGCUCUGUGGCAACCGAGGCCGGCAUGUUCGCCAUCCGAGCGAGGAGAAAGGUUGCCAGCGAGAAGGACUUCCUGAGUGCUGUGGAGAAGGUCAUUCGUGGUGGACUCAAGUUCAACUCUACCGCUGCGUACGCGCAGUACAACUAG